CCUACAGUCACCUGAUCUCACCUACAGUCACCUACAGACACCAGACCUCACCGGAAUUGAGUUACUGUUUCUGUCGUCUUUCAGGUGCAUUUGACCAGCUGAAGCAGAACGCCACUAAAGCCAGGAUCCCGUUUUACGGCAGUUACACAGAGAUGGACCCCGUGGUGAUCGCCGCCGAGGGCGUAGAGAAGUUCAGAGCCGAGAACUUUGAGAUCAUCAUCGUGGACACGAGUGGACGCCACAAACAGGAGGAUUCGCUGUUCGAGGAGAUGCUGCAGGUCUCCAACGCCGUGCAACCAGACAACAUCGUGUAUGUGAUGGACGCGUCCAUCGGUCAGGCCUGCGAGUCCCAGGCCAAGGCUUUCAAAGACAAAGUGGACGUGGCGUCCGUGAUCGUCACCAAGCUGGAUGGGCACGCCAAAGGAGGAGGAGCUCUGAGCGCCGUGGCGGCCACCAGGAGCCCCAUCAUCUUCAUCGGAACCGGAGAACACAUCGACGACUUUGAGCCCUUCAAGACCCAACCCUUCAUCAGCAAACUGCUGGGUGAGACGGACACACAGAGGGACACACAGAGGGACACACACACAGUGGGACAC